AUGUCAAACACGCUCUUUCAAAGAAAUGGCAAUCCCAAUAUUUUUUAAACAAACCAAUCUAAUUCUAAUUCAUGGACCAUUCCUUAGUAUUUUAUAUAUACUUAUAUCAAGAACAUAAAAAAAACGGGAUGUCCAAGGUUCAUAUAGAGCCAAGUUUGAACAAAUCAAAAUUUAAGUGGUCGAUGACAAAAAUGUAUUGUCUACCUCUAUUAUCUUCCAGCCUUAAUAUGAUAAAAUGGUAAUAUUGAUUUAUCAUUCUAGACAAUGUUAAUGAUUAGAUUAGAAGAUUAUUACUUGAUUCGAGCAUAAUAAAUCGAAGAUUAUCAUAUAACCACUAUUUAAAAUGCAAUUCAUUAAAAACAGUUCAAUCCAACUUUAAUUUCUAAAGUGGCUGGCAAAGGUAAAUCUAAAUUCUACUUUAGCUCUCAAUAUACCAAUUUUUCAAAUAUCCAAAUCUGGUACUUCAAUAUGGGAAUCAAAUAGUCACUCUCAACAAUAACAAAAUAUUUUUAGCACAGCGACCUCCACUAUGACUGAUAAUAGACAAUAAAAUAAUUUUUUCAGUUCCAUAAACAACUCAAAUAAUUAGUAAUAAUAAUAAAAGUAAUUUGGAAACAUAUUCAACACUGUUCCAAUAAAUAAUAACAAUACAAACUAAACCAAUAUAUUUUCAAAUUCUAGACAGGAUUAAUAAUAAUCAAAUAUAUUCAACCAAAAUGUGUUUAAUAAUCACAAGACUCAAUCCGAAUAAAAUAACUACUAGAAAAAAGAUUAGAAUCUGCCUUGGUUGUAAUAAUAGUAAUAAUAAUAAAUAGGGAAUAUUUUUUAAUAAAACAAACCUUAAUUACAAAUUUAAAUUCCGAACCAAUAAUAAUCAAAUUCAAAUAAUGAUGCAAUUUAAUUUAAUAAUUGCCAAUCAGUUAACUCGAUAUUUGCUUAACCCUAAUAAUAAUAAUAGAUGAACAAUAACCUAUAGUCACCAUUUUUUUCAUAAUAACAAUAAACUUCAUAAUUAUAAUAAAUAUUUUAAUAAUAAUAAUAAUAAUAAUCAUAAAUUUAAUAACAAUAGCAAAUGAUUCCUUUACAAAUGACUUCAUAACAAUUUCAACUAUUCUAAAACAUGAAUAACAUGAAUAUGUUACCUAAUGAUAUACAAAUGAUUUAAUAUUAAAAUUAAAUGAAUCCUAUUUAAUUUAUUAAAUAAUCAGUAGACAUGAUAAAUACUUUCACAACCACUUUAAACAACUCUAUUUAAGAAAUGGAGAAAUUGUACAAAUUAGAAGAAGAAAAAUAUUUAGAAUAAGAAAACCUGAUCAACUAACUUGAACAAAAAAAACGAAUUGAAAGAUAAAAAAAAUAAUAAGAAAUCAAUUUAUUGCCUAAAAAGAAAAACGAUUCUCAGACUCUUUUCAGAACGAUGCAUUCUUCUAAUAAUAUAAAUAUAUCCAACAGUCAAAAAAAUUCCAGAAUUAGUAUGCAAUAAUCAGAAGUUAAUUGUGGUAAUAAUGCCAGCAGAAUUUCAUCAAAGCCAACAAAAACUAAAAAAGAAUAUAUUAUUGAAAUUUAUUUCGAAGAAAGUGAAAAUUUUAUCAAAUUUAAUGAAGAAUUUAAGGAUAUCAAAUCAAAAAAGGAUUUUAAAGAAUAAAUCCUUCUAAAAAUUGAUUAAAUGCAAGUCUUUAAAAAUGACAAAGCUGCUUAUUUUGCAAAAAGUGAGUUUAUAAUUGAUGAAAACAAUAAUCAUGAAAAUCAUCAAACAUUAUCGUUUCGAAUACUAUAAACUUACAGACCCAUCUUAACAAAAAUUGGAUAUUACACCCUACCUGAUAUAAGUCAACUAACCAUAAAUCAAUUAAAACAUGUUGAAGAUUUUACCAUUUUUAAUGAAUAUGGUUCUUUGAGAUGGGAUUCCCCAACAAAUUUAUUAUAUUUAAAUUUGGAUAGAAUUGUUGAUAUACAAGAUUCAAAAGUUGAAGUAUAUGAUCUAGAUCAAAUUCAUGAAUACCUCAAGCCAAAAGUGAAUAAGAAACUAAAUAAAUCGUGUUUAAUUACUUUAAAGGUUCCAGUGGAAAUAAAUUAAGAGAAUUAUGAGAAGGAACAUAAAUUUCUUUAAUAAAAAUGUCAAGAGUAAAAUAUUGAAUUAGUGGAAAUAAAUCAAAUAAAGUAAUAAUUUGUUGUUAGAGUUAAUCACUUCUCCAUCUAUACAUUUGUACAUGAUGAUAAUGAAGAAUAAAAAUAAUAAUAAUAAUAAUCAAUUUAAAGUGAAAAUAAUAAUAAUUAAUCAUCAUAGGAAUAUAUUGAUAGCAAUGAGAAUCAAAAUUAUAUUAGACAAAAAGACUUUGCAGAGAAUCACUACUUGUUCUUACAACAAGUAAAUGAUAUUUGUAGCUUGACAAAGUAAUCUACAAAUUAAAAAAUAUCAAAAAUAAAUCAAACAAAAAAAUAAAAUAUAGAAUUAGUCUAAGACUUUUAGAUUUGUGUAAGUAAUAAAGAAAUGAAUGAAAUUGACUAUCAGAUUUGUCAGUAUUUCAUGCAAGACUUAGAAAUUUAAAAGGAAAUUCCUAUUCAAAAUUAAUAUUGUAUUAAACUGUUGAAAUGUUUAUUUGCAUUAAGAAAUGAUAAUAGAUCUAAUUUAUCACCAAAUGAAAAGAAAUUACUCGGAUAGAGAUUGCAGUUUUUUAAUAUUUUAUUUGGCAAUUCACUUAUACAACUAUAAGAUUAUAUCCAAUUUUUGGAAUUAUAUCCUGAGCAAUAUGAUUUCUCAGAUUUAGAUUAAUAUUAAAGGCCGAACUAAUUUUAAUAAGGGUUAAGCUUAAUUUUAUAUUUAGAAUCGAUUUUAGCCUCUAGAUUCAAGGGCGAAACUGAAAUUUCAUAUACAGAAAAAGUAAUCAAAGAAAUAAAAAAUAGAGAUGUAUUGAAUUAAACUUAAAAACAAUAAUAAAUGUUAUCAUUUUUAUCUGCUCAACCCUCAAAAGUGAUUGAUUUACCAUUUUAAGCAGAUGAUUGGAUUAGUAUGAUAUUGAAAUGGAAAGUCCAGCAAAAUGCCAUCCAAUAUUCAUAAGAAUGGUGGUUAGGGUUGCUAAAUUUUUUGGAGGAGAUUGAAAUAUAAUCUACUGAAUUAGCUUCUCUCAUGUACUUUUUAUCUUCAUAAUUCAAUCGACCUUUAGAGAAGAUCUAUACUUAUUUAAAUAAAAACCAUAAUUAAAUGUCUUUAUUUUUAGAAAUACUAAUUUAUAAUCAGGAUAAAGCGAAUGUAAAAAUACACAAAAGAAUCAUCACAAACAAAUUAACAUUUUUGAUAGAGAACAAAGAAAGCAGCUACUUUAUAAUGUAAAUCUUACAAUAAUUUCAAAAAUUAUUCACUGUAAGCGAAUUUGAAAAGUAUAAAGAAUAAAUAUCAAAAAUGCAAAACACUUUAUUUUAUUUAGAAAAUUUCUUAAUAAUUGAUGAGGAAAUUCAUUUGUAAAAAUUGAUUGAUCAACAAGAUUAUAUAAAUUUAGGACUUUAUAUCUUAUAGUUGGAUUCUCCUAGGUUUGAGAACUAUGUUAAAUUCCUAUUUGAGUAUACAAUUCCAAUUUUAAUUAUUUUUGGAAAAAUCAAAUUAUUGACAAGCAUUACUGAAAAAUUAAAGGAAAAGAAAGGCAUUUAUUAAUUCGAAAACAGAGAUUAACAAAUUUUAGACAUGAGUGAAGUAAUUCAUAAGAUUUAUAAUUAUAGGUGUUUUGUGGAACUAUGAUGUAUGAAAGUCGAAUCUUUGAAGACUUCAAGUCAAAAAAUGUUUUCGAAUACUAAAUGUUAUAAGUAUUAGAUGAAUAUUAUUUUACAUGA